AUGUCGGGCCCUCCAGAGAUACCAGAGCUGGCCUAUACCGAUCCCAUUGCCUACUCAAAGACGCUGCCGCCAAUAUACCACCUAAAGCCGGCGCAUGGCGCCAUCACCGACGACAACCAUGGGGCCUACGUGGUCAUCGUGGCCUGGAUCAUGAUGUGCUUCUUCACCAUCAGCGUUCUGACUCGUCUUCUUACGAGAACUAUACCAGUCCUUACUGCAGGCAUAGAUGAUGUCCUCUGCGGGCUCGCAAUGGUCUUUGGCAUUGUCCAGACUGGCGUAAUCUACAAUGCUGCCACCAACGGCCUUGGCCGCCGACAAGACGAUCUAUCGCCCUCCCUCUUCGAAACCUAUGCGAAAGCCUACUACACAGCCAACUUGUUCCUGAUCCUCACCUUGGCCUGCGCCAAAGCCUCACUCAUCUUUCUCAUCGUGCGCCUCUCGCCCGCGAGGUCCGUCCGCCGCAUCUGCUACGCCCUCCUAGGCGGCAUCGCCCUGUGGGCGGCCGUCUUCCUCUUCCUCUUCGCCUUCCAGUGCCCAACGCCGUCACCCUGGGACUACAACCAGCAAUGCGCACUCUCCACCGGCGGCCUAUACUACGCCUUCGCGGGCACAGACAUCGCCACCGACCUCCUCGUAACCAUCCUCCCCGCCUACGUCAUCUGGUCCGUCCAGAUCCCGAUCCGCAAGCGCAUCACGGUCAUCGCCGUCUUCGCCAGCCGGCUGGUCGUGCCGCUGUGCGUGGCGCUGCGCAUGAGCAGCUUCCCACCCUACGUCGCCCCCACCGCCGACCGCAGCUGGGAGGUCGUCACUCCGCAAACCUGGGCUCAGGUGAUACAGUGCCUCAGCAUCAUCACCGCCUGCAUCCCCUGCCUCAAACCCUUCCUCGAAAGCCUCGAGAGUGGCUUCAUGGACAUGAGCAUGACGGGCCACACGGGCGCCACGUACGGCGGCGCGAGCUCUGGGUCCGGCAACCACGGCACCAAGAGCAAGUCUGGGACUCGCGGCGGCGGCACCGGCGGCAGCGGUGGCGAGAGCUAUGUGCUCAGCAGCUUCACGAGCAGUGGCAAGGGUGCUGGCGGCCACGAGGUCAGCGUUCACGCCAAGGCGCAGGAGAUGUACCUUGGGCGCGGCACACCCACGACAGGAGGCAUCCGGGGCGAGGCGCUGGGUGGGGGCGGCGGUACGCAGGGAAACAUCGCCGAUGGGAGAUACCUGGACGUGAACGCCAGUUCAGGCGCGACGUCGGAGUUGAAGCGUAACCCGUCCGUGGCGGAAAGCGAGCGCGCGUUGACGAGUAAGAGUAGUGAGCACAGUGAGGAUUUUGUGAGGGAUACGAGGGGCUUUGAUUUUGCGGGGAUGCGUGCGGCGGCGGCGGGGGCAGGGGGCAGUCCGAGGAGGGGGAGAGGGGAGGCGGAUGGCAGGCAUGCGAGGGAACAGAGUGAUGGUGGGGGCAUCAGGGUGACGAGAGAGGUGGAGAUCAGGAAUGAGGGCAGCUUUGAUGUUAGGGGUGGGCAGGAGUAUGGGAGGAGAUGGUGA